AUGCCGAGCCCGGGCCUUCUGGUGCUCUUCGGCAGCCAGACAGGCACGGCUCAGGAUGUGUCGGAGAGGCUGGGCCGCGAGGCUCGGCGCCGGCGGCUCGACUGCCGGGUGCAGGCCCUGGACUCUUACUCAGUGGUGAAUCUGAUUAAUGAGACCCUGGUGAUAUUUGUUUGUGCAACUACAGGCCAAGGAGAUCCCCCUGACAACAUGAAGAACUUCUGGAGGUUCAUAUUCCGGAAGAAUCUGCCACCGACCUCCCUCUGUCAGAUGGACUUUGCCGUCCUGGGCCUCGGCGACUCCUCAUAUGCCAAGUUCAAUUUUGUGGCCAAGAAGCUACACCGUCGGUUGCUGCAGCUUGGGGGCCGCGCCCUCCUACCCAUGUGCCUGGGCGAUGACCAGCAUGAGCUGGGGCCUGAUGCUGCCGUCGACCCUUGGCUGCACGAUCUAUGGGGGAAGGUGCUGGGGCUGUACCCCGUGCCCCUUGACCUUGGCACGAUCCCCGCCGGAGUCCCUUUGCCCUCCAAGUUCACGCUGCACUUCCUCCCGGUGGCCCCAAGGGUGUGCUCUGAGGGGCAGCGCAUGGCUGGCACAGAGCCUCAAGGUCCCCCAUCCGAGCAGCAGCCCUUCCUGGCACCCAUGGUCACCAACCGGAGAGUCACCGGCCCCUCGCACUUCCAGGACGUUCGGCUGAUGGAGUUCGACAUCACAGGCUCCGGGCUCAGCUUUGCAGCUGGCGACGUGGUGCUGAUCCAGCCUGAGAACACGGCCAGCCACACCCAGCGGUUCUGCCAGGUGCUGGGCCUGGACCCAGACCAGAACUUCACCCUGCUGCCCCGGGAGCCAGGUGUGCCCUGCCCUGCGCGGCUGCCCCAGCCCUGCUCUGUGAGGCACCUUGUGUCCCACUACCUGGACAUUGCCAGUGUGCCCCGCCGUUCCUUCUUUGAGCUCCUUGCCUGUCUCUCUCCCCAUGAGCUGGAGCGGGAGAAGCUGCUGCACUUCAGUUCCCCCCAAGGUCAGGAGGAGCUGUACUCCUACUGCAACCGGCCUCGCAGGACCAUCCUGGAGGUACUGUGUGACUUCCCGCACACGGCUGGAGCCAUCCCCGCAGACUACCUCUUGGACCUCAUCCCCCCGAUCCGUCCACGGGCCUUCUCCAUCGCCUCCUCUCUGCUGGCUCACCCCUCGAGGCUGCAGAUUCUCGUGGCUGUGGUGCAGUACCAGACCCGCCUCAAGGAGCCCCGCCGGGGCCUCUGCUCUUCCUGGCUGGCGUCGCUGGAUCCUGGGCAAGGACCUGUCCAGGUGCCACUGUGGGUGCGGCCUGGGGGCCUGACCUUCCCACAGACACCAGGCACACCUGUAAUCAUGGUGGGCCCUGGCACUGGCGUGGCCCCUUUCCGAGCAGCUGUCCAGGAGCGCGUGGCCCAGGGUCAGAGCGGAAACGUUUUGUUCUUUGGCUGCCGCUUGCGCGACCAGGACUUCUACUGGGAGGCUGAGUGGAUGGAGCUGGAGGGGAGGGGCUGCCUGACACUCUUCACGGCCUUCUCCCGGGAACAGGAGCGGAAGGUGUACGUGCAGCAUCGGCUCCGAGAGCUCGGGCCACUGGUGUGGGAGCUGCUGGACCGCCAGGGUGCCUACUUCUACCUGGCAGGCAACGCCAAGUGCAUGCCAGCAGACGUGUCAGAAGCCCUGACGUCGGUCUUCCAGGAGCAGGGUGGGCUCUCGGCCCCUGAUGCAGCUACCUACCUUGCCAGGCUCCAGCGGACGCUGCGUUUCCAGAGUGAGACGUGGGCCUAA